AUGGCGCCUAACACGAAUACCUUACUACCGGAAUGUGUCCCGUGCAAGCAGCGGGACCUUAUUGGUCUGGAGGAGUUGGAGGCACGCGUGAAAGAAGAUUUGAAUAUGCUCAACUUUCCUCGUAGACCAUGGAGAGACGUUGCACCAGAGUGCAUCGAGACACGUUCUGAAGACCACGUUUAUGAUGUUGUUAUUGUGG